CAGGAUUGCCAGUGGCCAUUAAUGGUUGCGAGGCCAUGUUUCCCAGCACUGGUCAGCGGAGAUUCGGCGGCCAAGGCAGUAACGAACGAUCUUUUCGGCAAAGUAUCACAUAAACUAAAUGACGCUGACAAAAAACUAACACAUCGUGGCUGUCAUAUGGUCAGCUGCGCUGGCAGUAUAUAAGUAAAACUUACCGACCUAAACAUCUCAGGCUUUCCUCCUAGUUGUCUCCUCACUUCAGUUACGAAUUCUUCACGAUUAAUCAUGUUUGUCAACACUUCUCCCCGUGCUCUUCUCACUUCAUGUUUUGUGCUUCUUACGUUUCUCUCUUGCGCAUUAUGCGCUCCUCUCUCCGCAGUGAUGCGGCGCGAUGUCUGGGUACCCACAAUCACCUCCCCUACAUCUGACUCUGUGUGGACUGUUGGAAAGUCAUUCCUCGUUACCUGGGAUACAUCCUCGAAACCUGCCGAAGUAACCAACCCUAAUGGCGAGAUAUACCUCCGCCUGGGCGAUGAAACCCAAUCCAGUCCCAUCGCAUCUGGAUUUCCGCUUUCUGAUGGUCAAUUCGAAGUUACAAUCCCUUCUGACACCACUCCUGACCAGUACAGGGUUGUAUUAUUCGGCGACUCUGGGAACUGGAGUGAUCAGUUCCCAAUUGACGCAGCCACAUAAGCUGCCUGCAGGGUUUUCUGUCAAUGUGACAAAAAUGUCAAACAAGAAUCAAAAAAAAAUAGUGGGGAAGAGAUGUACGAUUUUGGUGUUUGAUGAUGGACUAAAGCAAUGGACUCGAACAAUUGGCAUCUCAUAAUUGGACUUCUUUGAUUUGGACACUUCAAGUACACUUUACUCUACGCAUUUUCUUUCGUAAAGGUCGUGGUUCUGCUUCUGCCUCACCUUAGCCUUACUUAGUGUACUAGUACGUUAGCUGUACGGUAGUUGAUGUAAAGGUUACUCCUCUGUAUCCACACCAUCUAUUUCGUUCGAAAUUGAUUCAGGCUUUCAGCCGA